AUGUCUUUCGGCUUCCCUGCGUCCACCCCCGCUGGGGGCGGCGCGGAGCUUGGCUCAGAGCUACCUGAUGUCUUUACCGACGAAAUCGGCUUCAAAGGUGUCUCAGGCGACGCCAACGUUCGAUUCCUCCCGACUGCCUGGCCCGACGACGCCCUUCCAGCUCCCACCUCUUCCCUUCUCGCAGUCGCGCAUACCAAAGGCCUGAUUGUUGGCGCUGGUCCAGAUGCGCUCGCAAUCAGCAGCAAUGACGCUGUACGCAAGGCCAUUGAGGCGCCUGCCGGAGAAGACAUGGAGAAGACAAAGGCCUUUCAACCCCAUGCUACAAUACCUCUUCCCGCGCGCCCUACCCAUAUCGCAUUCAGUCCGGCCGACGAUGCCUUGAUUCUGGCCACAGAGAACGGCCCCUCCAUCUCAAUUUUUGAAACCACAAGCCUCACCCAGGGUAAUGCGCAACCCGCGCUGCAGAUCCCCACGAAUGGUGUAUCGCUCCGCGCUCUCGUGCCGAACCCUGAUGCUACUUCCACACUUGUCGCACUGGUCACCGUUAAUGGCGACCUGCUUAUUGCUGACCUGAAGGCCGGCAAUACGGUCCCUGGUCUCAACGGCCCGGUCCUCAAGACUGGUGUGAGCUGCGUUUCGUGGAGCAACAAAGGCAAGCAGCUUGUGGCUGGGUUGGCCGACGGUACCGCAUACCAGAUGACCCCAGAUGGAACCAAGAAGGAUGAAAUCCCCCGGCCAUCUGACCUUGAAGGCGAAUGCCAUGUUUCAUCCGUCGCAUGGCUGGAAAACGACGUCUUUUUCAUGGUCUACACACCCAACAUCUUAGAAGAUGAUAUGGGAAUGAUCCCAGCAUCUUCUUACUACAUCAUUACUCGACGCAAGCAGGCCCCGUUCUUGAUUCAGAAGUUGCCUGAGAUUUGCUCGACCAUGGGUUUCACCCUGAAGCGUGCGCCUGCAUACCAGUUCAUCACAAGAAUCAGAGACUACAAGCCUCACUUGAAGGACGUCCUGAUUGUUUCGUCGACCGUGUCCACCGAUGUUGGACUGAUUACUCGAUCGGAUCAGCCUCUAGCAAACGAUGAGAGAACUAAAUUCCAUGUUGGACAGUUCAUGACCACUGAGGUUUCGGAUGAUACAAAGCGCGCCAGUGUCCCUUUGAAGGACUCCGUUGAUGAAACCUCAGUCAUUGGUCUGGCACCAAACCUGUCAGCCACUGAACCUGUACCGGACCCGCUCCCAGGUUCAGAUAUCUCCGAGAGUUCAAGCCCUCUUCCCGGAUUGUUCCUCUUGAAUAACGAUGGCAUCCUCUCGUCUUGGUGGCUUCUCUACUCCGAAGCCAUUCGCCAGAACACUCCAUACUCCGGAUUGGUUUCAGCCGGUCAGGUACCACAGGCUCAGCCUGCAGCGCCCGCAGCCCCGGCCGCAGCCCCGGCAGCUGCACCCCAAUCUGGCUUCGGACAGUCAUCCUUUGGCAAUACCUCGACCUUUGGCUCAGGCUCUUUCGGAAAGCCAGCUGGCGGUGCUUCCUUUGGCAGCCCGUCGCCCCUUGGUGCAUCGACUAUGGGUGCGACUGCAUUUGGCAAGCCGUCAUUCGGCAGUCCGACCCAGAUCGGCGGAAGUCCUGCACCGGCAUUUGGAACACCUUCGACCCCGGCUCCCGCCGCCCCAUCGUUCGGAACUCCCUCUCAGCCCGGCGCCCAAUUUGGACAACCCAGCUUUGGACAACCUAGCUUUGGACAGUCCAGCGCCCCAAAGAAUCCAUUUGGUGUUAGCGGUGCAUCUACUGGGGGAGGUUUCAGUCAGUUUGGAAGUGGAGGCGGCUUUAGUAGUUUUGCGGCAGCGAAACCAGGCGAAUCGCCGUUCGCCAAGGCUGCUUCUGGAGAAAGUGCUUUUGCUGCGGCUAGAUCAAGUGAAUCGCCGUUCUCCAAGCCGGUCGAAUCACCAUUUGCAAAGGCUUCUACCGGGCAGAGUGCUUUUGGCGCGGCCAAGACAGACGAGUCACCGUUUGCAAAGGCUGCUACCGGGCAGAAUGCUUUUGGUGUGGCCAAGCCAGACGAGUCACCGUUUGCAAAGGCUGCUACCGGGCAGAGUGCUUUUGGUGUGGCCAAGCCAGACGAGUCGCCAUUUGCUAAGCCUGCUUCUGGGGAGAAUGCUUUCUCCAAGGGCUCGGCUUUCGAAAAGCCCAAGUCUGAAACAUCCUUCGCGACCCCCUCUGCGAAUGGAGUGAAGAAUCCUUUCGGUGCCGGGUUAGGUGGAUUCCAGCUUAAAUCCAAUUUCAAGGGUGACGGCACCGCCGCUAAUGAUCUUCCAAAGUCAGACAAGCCUCCUUCCUCAGGGGCAUUCUCAUUUGGCGGAUCAUUUGAUGACAUGGUGUCGACACCGAAAGAAGGAAACUCCGACAGCGAGUCUAUGGACGAUGACUCGGACGACGCCGCGCCUACGAGUAACGAGCCAUUCUCUAUCUUCGGUGGACCCAAACCCACUGGGGAGCCUCCCACCUCGCUAUUCGGUUCUACGAAGCAAUCUUCUAAGACCACGACUUCGGCUGAAACCAACAAGACCUCUUUCUCAUUCGGUAACAUUGCCUCCCAGAAUCAGGUGACAAGUCCCUUGUCGGCGCCUUCUGAUAAGACUGAAACGCCAAAGAAAGAUCAGUCAGAGGCUCCAUUGCCCCCCGAUCCUACUAGCCGGGCUAGUUACGCCCCGGGAGAUACCUCAGCUUCCUCGAACGUUUCAAAGAGCUCGGUAGAAGACGCCCCUCUUCCUCCGGAUUUCACCAAGAAAAAUGCCUCUCCCAAAGCAUCAACUGAUGCCCCACUGCCUCCUGACUUCAUCCCCAAGAAGAAAUCUGUACCUCAAGUGGACGAUGCUCCUCUGCCUCCUGACUUUAUGAGCAAGCCUAAGAAGUCUGAGACUCCUGCUAGCCCCGAGGACGCGCCGUUGCCACCGGACUUUGUCACCUCGAAGCCCAAGAGUAUACCUGCAGAAGAGGCGGUGCCAGUACCUGAUGCAGACUCCGACGCAGAUGAGUCUGAUUUCAGUGACAGUGGUGAGGAGAUCACCCACGAGGAGACGAAGGCGCCUAGUCCCAAACCAUCCGCAGAAAGUUCAUUUGGUGCACCAUCUGAAAAAAGCUUUACGGGAGGACUCUUCAGUGGUUCUGCCAAAACUACACAGAGUAAGGGACCGUUGCCGAGACAGCUCUUUGGUGAGAUUCCGAAGCAGCCUCUUCUCCCCCCUCCCGGGCCCACUGCUCAAAGCAGCCGCGAGCCUCACCGGUCACCUAGCCCGACUAGAGGCGGCCCCCGCAAGGAAGUGAUGUUCUCAGAGAGACCACAAAGUCGCAAGGUGUCUACAAGUGCGCUGCACUCCCGGAAGACUUCUCUGACGCAACUUGCGCAGCGUGACAGGCACCUCAGAAAGGCCAGUGACAUUGCUCGCGAAGAGCAAGAACGGGCACACGCAGCUGCUCAGCGCCAGGCAUUGGAGGAGGAAGAGCUUGCUCUAUCUGACGAUGAUGAGGACGAGAGACUUCGUAACGAGCUCGCUCAACCUAUCGAGCCCGCUGACACCCUUGAUCCAUUCCUGCCCCACCAAAACUACAUGGGCGAGACGGCGAAGCCAGGUAUUCCUGGACAGAUUGAGCUGCUCUACCGCGACUCCAAUUCGAUGGUUGAUACCGCAGGCAUCAAUGCCCGGUCAGUGAAGGCCUAUCUUGCCUAUCACCAGCCCGCACAGGAGUCCGAUGAUUCUAAGUGGGAUUACAUUCUCCAGGGUGAACACCCUAACGAUAUUCUUGAUGUCAAGUUGUUCUUUAAGGACAUCGAAAACUUCCACAAAAUGGUUGCCACCAUCUCUCGCUCGCUCGAAUCUCAGCGUGUGCAAGGAGUAGAGGAGAAGCUGCAGGAAUGCCGCGACCUUCUCACCAAGCAAGUCAUCACCUUGCGAAGCCAAUUCGCUGGGAUUCGCAAGACAUUGGAUGCCCACACUGAUAUUGGCGCCAUCCUUGAAGCGCCACUUUCCGCCGAGCAGUCUACACUCCAACUUGAUCUCCGGACGGCAUUCACGGACAUCCAGGCCAAGCUGGCCGAUAUCGAGCAGGCCGUGUCUCUCCUACGCGCCCAAAUUGCCGAUGUCCCCCGAGCCAAUGGAGCCAGUGGCAACCGACCUACGGUGGAAGCUGUUAUCAAGACCCUCAACACUAUGAUGACCAUGACCGAGAGCAAGCGAACCGAUAUCGAUGUCAUUGAAUCGCAGAUGCGCCGGCUUGGCGUGGAACCUACCGGAGGUGCAUCCCCUAGCCGUGAAGGAUCACCCUUUACCACUCCCCGAAAGACUGCCGGCCGAGUGCCCAUGACUCCCGGCUCGCGUGGUUCUUUCGAUGGAAGCGCCUACCACACCCCCGAGUCCGCAACUCGCGGUCUCAACUUCCGGGCUAGUAUCGCUGGCUCAGCGAAGCAUAGCCGCCUUCGCAGUGUGGAGGGAGCAGGCGAGCUUGAUGUUCCGGUUGAAGAAGCCACCCGCUGGAAGACCAAGUCAGCACGUCGACAGCACUUGGUCCAGAACCUCAAGAACGCCAUCGACGGGAAAAAGACCAAGUUGCGCGGCGUUGACGACCUUUGA